CGACUGGAAAUGUCAUUUUUUCGUGUUUACAAAAAAAAAGUAAAAAAAAUCCAGAAAAUCCGAACAACACGCGCUACGCAUCGAAAGAGUGGAGAAUUUUGUUGCGCAAACACCGCAAGCCAGGAAAUGUCAUUGCUGCGAGUAGUGGGACGCGAAAUAUUUGCAGCCUACCGCCAAGGACUCGUUUCUACUCAAAACAGAACGUUCCUGACGUCGGCCUAUCGGUUGGCGGACCAGCCAGCGUCUACGGAAGCCGGCGCAGAGGAGGAUCCGGCCGAAGACCAGGAAAAAGGUCAGAUUCGAGACGACCCGAAAGAUCGAACGCGCAUCAUUCCGGUUGAGACCAGCAUUCGGUAUCUGACGAGCGAGGCAUAUCAGCAAACCUACCAGGGAGAGCCCGUGUGGAAGCAGUACCGAAGAAAUCACAAAGGUACUUACGCGCCGAAGAAAACCCGCAAGAAGUGCAUCCGCCAGGGUAAACUGGCGACGGGGAAUCCCUGUCCGAUCUGCCGCGACGAGUUUCUAGUGCUGGAUCACAGGAACAUCGAUCUGAUCAAGCAGUUUAUUUCGGCGCAGAGUGGCAAGGUGCUGAGCUAUCAGAUUACCGGGCUGUGCCAGAAGCGACAUUUGGAACUGCUGGUGGCCGUCGAGCGGGCUAUGGACUACGGGUUGAUUACGUUUGACGUGCCGUUCCGGGAUUAUGACUAUUCCGAGUACUAUCCGGCUCAGAAGCAGUAGAUU